GCCUGAGUAGUAGUAUUCUCAGUUCUUUUCAGCAAUGAGUCAUGUGGUGGUGGAAAACACGGUCGGCCUGGAUCAGCAAUUUGCUGGUCUUGACCUGAACUCUUCAAAUAAUCAGAGUGGAGGAGGAAGUACUGAGAGUAAAGGGCGCUAUAUACCUCCUCAUUUAAGGAAUAGAGACACAUCUAAAGGAGUCUGUGAUAAGGACAGUUCAGGGUGGAGUUCUAAAGAUAAAGAUGCCUAUAGCAGUUUUGUAUCCCGUGAUUCCAGAGGAAAGCCCAGUUAUUUCAGUGAUCGUGGAUCCAGGGGAAGGUUUGAUGAUCAUGGUCGAAGUGACUAUGAUACUCUUGGCAAUCGUGACCGAACUGGAUUUGGCAAAUUUGAAAGAAGUCAUGGUCAUUGGGGUGACAGAACAGAUGAAGAUGAUUGGUCAAAACCACUUCCACCAAGUGAACGCUUAGAGCAAGAACUUUUUUCUGGAGGAAACACUGGGAUUAACUUCGAAAAAUAUGAUGAUAUUCCAGUAGAAGCAACUGGGAAUAACUGUCCUCCUCACAUUGAAAAUUUCAGUGAUGUUGAGAUGGGAGAAAUUAUCAUGGGGAACAUUGAACUAACUCGUUACACUCGUCCUACUCCAGUGCAAAAACAUGCUAUUCCUAUUAUUAAAGAAAAAAGAGACUUAAUGGCUUGUGCUCAAACAGGAUCUGGGAAAACUGCUGCAUUCCUACUACCCAUUCUCAGUCAGAUUUAUACAGAUGGUCCAGGAGAGGCUUUGAAGGCUAUGAAGGAAAAUGGAAGAUAUGGUCGCCGCAAACAGUAUCCAAUCUCCUUGGUAUUAGCUCCAACAAGAGAAUUGGCUGUACAGAUCUAUGAGGAAGCCAGAAAGUUUUCAUACCGGUCUAGAGUCCGUCCUUGUGUAGUAUAUGGUGGUGCUGAUACUGUUCAGCAGAUUCGGGACUUAGAACGUGGAUGCCACUUGUUAGUUGCCACUCCAGGACGUUUGGUGGAUAUGAUGGAAAGAGGAAAAAUUGGAUUAGACUUCUGCAAAUACUUAGUGUUGGAUGAAGCUGAUAGGAUGUUGGAUAUGGGAUUUGAACCUCAGAUACGUCGAAUAGUUGAACAGGACACUAUGCCACCAAAAGGUGUUCGUCACACUAUGAUGUUUAGUGCUACUUUUCCUAAGGAGAUACAGAUGCUUGCUCGUGACUUUUUAGAUGAAUAUAUCUUUCUGGCUGUAGGCAGGGUAGGCUCUACUUCUGAGAAUAUCACACAAAAAGUAGUUUGGGUCGAAGAGCUUGACAAACGGUCAUUUUUACUUGAUCUCUUAAGUGCAACAGGGAAGGAUUCACUGACUUUAGUAUUUGUGGAGACUAAAAAAGGUGCAGAUUCCCUGGAGAAUUUCUUAUUUCAAGAAGGAUAUGCCUGUACCAGUAUUCAUGGAGACAGAUCACAGAAAGAUCGAGAGGAGGCCCUUCACCAGUUCCGCUCAGGGAGAAGGCCAAUUCUAGUGGCUACAGCUGUAGCAGCACGAGGUCUAGAUAUUUCAAAUGUGAAACAUGUUAUCAAUUUUGAUUUGCCAAGUGAUAUUGAAGAAUAUGUACAUCGUAUUGGACGCACAGGACGUGUAGGAAACCUUGGACUUGCCACGUCUUUUUUCAAUGAGAGGAAUUUCAACAUCACAAAAGAUUUGUUAGACCUCCUUGUUGAGGCUAAACAAGAAGUGCCAUCUUGGUUGGAAAGUAUGGCUUAUGAACACCACUACAAGGGUAGCAGUCGAGGACGUUCUAAAAGUAGAUUCAGUGGAGGAUUUGGUGCCAGAGACUAUCGACAGUACAGUGGCUCUGCAAAUUCUGGGUUUAAUAACAAUCGUGCCAGUAAUAGCCGAAACAGUGGAAAUAGCCACAACAGAGGAUUUGGUGGAGGUGGCUAUGGAAAUUUCUACAAUAAUGAUGGAUAUGGAGGAAAUUAUAACUCCCAGACUGUUGACUGGUGGGGCAAUUGAAUUUGUGCCUAUCAUCUUUUCAUGUAGUUAAUUUGGAAACCACAUGUAUCGUAGCCAGACUGUAUUGUGUAGCUUCAAGAACUUGCAGUACAUUACCAGCUGUGAUUCUUCUAAAAAUUCACUGGGGGCUCAGAGUCAUAAGACAUGAAAGCAGCAAUCUGUAGCCCUGUUCAAAAGGUGAUGUGAAGACUUAUUGUAGCUUGGAUUUACUCCUUUCCUCUUGGUUUGUCCCUAAACAGCUCUUAAAAUUUGUGACUGAGGAAAACUUAUUAAUGUUCAGUGACUUUUAACUUUAAGCAACUUAUUUGUUGUCCUAUUUGCUCAGUGACCUUCAGGAUACCAUUAUUUUGACAAAAUAAAUUCAUUGAAGUUGGGCUACAACCAAACCUUGGCACACAAGUUUGAGACAACAUAAACAAGCAUUAAUCAGUUUAUUGCUAAAUGUGAUGGAGACAUUAAGCAAUAGACAUUAAGCAAUAGCCUGAAUAAGAAAAUUUGAUGUAUGCAGACUUGGUGGUAGAAAUGUUUUACUUAUUUAUUUUUUUUCAGGUUUGU